GUCCUCGUAUGAAAUCAUGAUAUGUUGGCAAAAAAAUUAGUACCUACGUGGUGUUUCAUUAGUAUUUUAUCUAAUUUAUUCAAAGUGAAAUAACUUCGCUUCCGCCUUUACGGUUCAACAGAAUAUGCGUUGAGCAGUUGGAAAAAGUUAUAAAGUAUUUUGCGCUACCGAAAUAACGUUUGUUACAUUUUCUAUAUAGCGUGGUCGGUUAUCGAAGGAAAAAUCAACCAUUGGAAUUUUCCUCGAAGCCGUCAAUUGAUCUUUGAUUGCUAGUACAUCGUGAUGAAUGAUCCUCAGCAUCAUUUAUAUUGAUAACGAGUGUCACUGAUGCAUCUUGCAGACAUGCUGUGGAAUUUUUGAAUCGAGCGAGUCUCUAGUGAAGGUGCAGUUCGGAAGAUGACCACUUUGGAGAAUAUCGAGAUGGGCAAGACCGCCAAUGGGGUUGUCAAUAUCAACGGUGCCAUCGUCAAAUGCAAGGGAUGGUUUGGCGUCCGCCAUGUCCAGGUUUUCCUGGCCUUCUACCUCAUGUUCAUCGCUUACGGUUUGAGGGUGAACUUGUCUGUUGGUAUUGUUGCAAUGACGGAUCCGACAGCCAGCCCUAACAAGGAUAUUCCUACCUUCCCCAACUGGACAGACAAAAGUGUGAUACUCUCAUCGUUUUUCUGGGGAUAUCUACCACCUCAAGCAUUUGCCGGACAACUGGCCAAGAAGUACGGACCCAAAUGGUUCCUCAUAUCUGCCAUGCUGAUAUGUUGCCUCUUCACCUACCUACUACCUAUUACCGCUAUACAGUAUGGCUCCUAUGGUGUCAUGUUCUGCAGGAUUAUGCAAGGCGUGGGACAAGGUUUUGUCUACCCCAUGAUCCACGACAUUUUAAGUAAAUGGGUGCCUGCAUGCGAGAGGUCGAGACUUGGCACUUACGUUUACGCAGGAGGUGCCUGUGGUACUGUGGUCUCCAUGCUCGUCACUGGUUUUCUGUCGGCUAGCUGGUGGGGUUGGCCCUCAGUUUUUUACUUGUAUGGGACUCUAUCACUCAUUUGGAUACUGCUGAUGGUGAAAUUCGGCUGUAACAAUCCCGAUGUGCACAAAAAAAUCAAGGAGGAAGAGAGACUGUAUAUAUCCAAUGGAUCUGCCAGAUCAGACGGAGAGGAAUGCCCAACCCCAUGGAAGGAAAUCUUCACAUCUGCACCAGUCUGGUCGUUGAUAAUCGUCCACUGCGGUCAAAACUGGGGCUUCUGGACCCUGAUGACCGAACUUCCCAGUUACAUUUCUGGCGUGAUGAAGUUCAACAUAAAAUCGAAUAGCUUGCUAUCUGCCUUGCCCUACUUUACCUUGUGGGUUUUGAGCUUCAUAUUCAGCGCAUUCGCCGAUUACCUGAUCAACCGCAAGAUAACGUCGAUAGGAGUGACGAGAAAACUGCUCAACAGCAUAGGUCUGUUCAUACCAGCUGCUGCACUCAUAGCUUUAGGAUUCAUGACCGUUGAACAGAAAAAACUCGCCGUUUUUCUUCUAGUCACAGCAGUAGGGACGAAUGCUGCAAUUUACAGCGGUUUCAACAUAAACCAUAUAGACAUAGCGCCCAACCACUCUGGCGUGUUGAUGGGUAUCACGAAUGGAGCUUCCAACAUAUGCGCUUUGAUAGCUCCUCUUUUCGUUCAUGUGAUAGUUACCGAUCAUUCUGAUGUUAUGCAGUGGAGAACAGUUUUUAUUUUCACGGCAGCUCUGUAUGUCAUAACAAAUUGCGUUUUUCUAAUUUUCGGAACUGGAAAACUACAAGACUGGAAUGAACCCAAGCAGAAAAGAAAUGGCAGUGUAAAAUUACCCCCAAAUGGAACUAUAGAAUCUCCAGUUAAAAACUGCUGAUGAUGACAUUCCGUGUCGAGCAUCAAGGCUGUGAUAGCUAGGAAGGAACCUUAGGGUUGUUUGCAGUUGGUGAAAUAGAUGAGAAGAGAAAUAUGGACUCGAAUGAAUUUGAUAUAAUUGUCUAAGUGAUUAACUCGGAGUUUAGAGAAUUGUUAAACAAUCGUUUUUAAUGAACGAGAAGUUACCGAUAAACUUAUUUUUAGGAUUAUAGGAAAUAGCAGCAUUAUUUUUCGUAUGGCACAAAUGAUUCGUUUUUACGUUAUUAAUAUAAUUUUUUUUUUGUAAAUAAUUAUUUAACUGUAUUUUAUCACCAUGAAUUCGUUUGAUUGCACUUGAGGUACCUACAUUUAUCCCAUCACUGCCCGAAAAUGUACAUUUCCUUAUUUUCAUUCACAAGAAAUUCAGAUUUUCUAUUGAUAGUGUCAGGAAGUUUUGCUGGAAAUGUCCUUGAAGAUAUAAAAUACUCGAAGUAUAUAGAAUCUUGUUGUUAUCGAAUAUAUUUUACAAUCGCCA